AUGGAUGGCCUAAUUCGCCAGUUCCGGGCGGCAUACGCUGCCACGAACGGCGAGCAACUAGCCGAGACUCUGAUUCCGGAUACUGAAGCCCAUUCGACCAAACUCCGAGCUAUAUGGGGCCGUGGUGAUUUCCGGUCCAUGACAGCCGAUCUCAACUUUCUGUUCCAUCAAGACCAGGCUCGUUACAGCAUCAGGCUCUCCAAAGAGGAGACGAGCGGGUGGCUUGCUAUUUAUACCGCCUACUGGAAAGCGAUAGGAGAAAUCUUAGCGGCUGAAGGUUUACGAAGUGAUGCCCAGUCUUCGUGGGCCAAGGUAUAUACCGCAUGGAAAGAGCUGACACUGCUCACUGUCCGUGGUUAUACGAACCAUGACUUUGAAAACUGGACCAUACCCUGCCUCUAUGUCACCGGCAAAUACUUGAGAUUAUUUGCCAUGCGAGCCGAUGCCGAGCGGGGUCUCGGUAGUGAUGAAAUGGCCAUUGACGACCUGAAAGACGAUUUUGAUCCGCAGGCGGAGGAGCAUAAGAGUCUUGAAGAUUGCGCAAGACAUCUCAAUAGAAUAUUUCAGGUCUGCGCUUCAGAUAGAGCGCCAUUGGAAGAAUCUCGCAAAUGGGGCGUCUAUUAUGCUGUCAAUCUACUAUUCAAAACAUACUUCAAGCUGAACUCGGAGCCGCUUUCGAAGAAUAUCUUGAAAGCAAUAUCAGCUGGCCGGGCUGACAUUCCCCCAAUUGAUAAAUUUCCUAAAUCACAACAGGUGACAUUCAAAUAUUAUGAAGGUGUCUUGGCAUUUCUUGAGGAGAACUAUGUUGAGGCUGAAAAACAUCUUGAGAUGGCGUGGCUGAUGUGCCACAAAGAUGCCCAACGGAACCUCGAACUUAUUCUCACAUACCUUAUCCCAUGCCGCCUUUUGACAACACAUACCCUUCCCAGCUCACAGCUACUCGAGCCAUUUCCCCGCUUACAAAAACUAUUCAUCCCACUAUCGCGUGCUAUUAGGAAGUCUGACCUGCGAGCAUUUGACAUCGCUCUCCGCGACGGAGAAGACGUAUUCAUUAAGCGACGUGUGUAUCUGACACUCGAGCGCGGACGCGACAUUGUAUUGCGUAACUUAUUACGCAAAGUGUUCAUAGCCGGGGGGUUCGAAGAACCUAAGGAAGGAGCAGCGCCCGUACGGCGGACCAGAAUCCCUCUGACCGAGUUCACCGCAGCCGUGCAAAUGAGCAGUGGAGAACCCAUCGACCCCGAUGAAGUAGAAUGUCUCAUGGCCAACAUGAUAUACAAGAAUCUGAUGAAAGGCUACAUCGCCCAUGAACGUGGGAUAGUAGUGUUGAGCAAGUCCGGCGCUUUCCCUGGAACAAAGGUAUGAACCAAGGGUUUUGCCAUUACCAACCAAGCAGCUACAGACGUGCCCAUCGGACGCGUCAAUAUGCAUGUUAGGGGCAAUCCGGGAGCUAUCAUGCAAGUAGCAUGUUAUAGUUGGCAUUAGUAUCGAGCUUUAAGGCACCGCUACCGAGCCCUCUCAGAGUAAAUGGAGUCACUGUAAAUAGAAAUCAACACUGUUGAUUUGGAAAAGCAGAUUAAGUGGUCGGCAUACAGUAGAUGUACAGCCAUCUAACCGGCCUACGAAGAGGAUUCACCGAACAUAACGUAGGAGAGGGGGGCUCGCGAAGGCUCUAUCUAACAUGUGCUUACAGAUCAACCAGAUCUGCCACAGAGCUAACACCCCUAAUAUUGAUAACGGACGGUUCAGCUUUGGGAGUCGAGGCGCAGUAGAGAAUUAUAGAUACCCUACGCAGCCUGAUUGAGGAGCCAGGUGACGUACCAAGGCUACCCAAUCCUUGAAUACAAGAUUCAAAUCAUCGCGACUAUCGCUAUAAAAAGACGCGUUGUAGAAUUGAUGGCUUUUACUAGCUUACAUAAGUAGACUCACAGAACAGCACAACAAGUGAGCAAUAAGUCCAACACCCAACUAUGACUCACUCAUCUAGAGUCAUCACGGGCCGAGCCCUAUCUCCCAACCCCGGUACUGUAUGUGAUCC